AUGAUUGAAUCACCAGGAUGGAGCACCGACAGGGACAAGGAGAUCCAUAAAGCUGCUGGUAAUGUGCAAUUACGUAAAUACAGUAAAUUAUUUAAUCGCUUGAGUGAAGACUGGUACGAGAGUAAGUCUUCAAUAAAUUACAUCAUCGAGGGGCCAAUCCGGUUGACCUGUCACUGCAAUGAGGAAGAAGGUCUGAUGUCUCUAGUAGAAAUGGAGAACAAGAAUCUGUCAAAAUUACUGGCUACUGUUGCGGCUACUUGUCGAGAAAUCCGGUUGCUUAAACAGGAAUCGGAGCAUCAUUACACGAAACUCUUCAAUCAUGGGGAGAAAAGUGACAAGGACACUGAUAAUUACAAUUUCAAUUCUCUGCUGACAGACUGCCAGGAUUUGUCGCUGUAUGUCAACAGGAUAAUGUCUGUGAUUCAUCUGACAGUCCAGCAGCUCUCGAGCUUGACCACCAGCACCAACGAGAUCUACCUGCCGGCACUGAUUGAGCACCUGGUGGACUUGUUUGUCAUCAUGGUAACCUUGGACGAGAUCGUCGACUCGCUUCCGAUGAUCCUCGACCAGUGGAAGAAGUACCGGAUCCAAGUGCGCUCGGUGAUGCACAACCCCGGCAAGUUUUCGAUAAACGAGUCCAAGCUACUGACCUUCGAUAAGCUGCUGAAGGAUCUGCACAAUCAGCUGCUGACCAGGAACUUGUUUUUCAAAGCCAUUGAUCAUGUGAUGGACGUGAAGAAGAGCCCGACGAUGAAUGAUCAUCUGAUAAGUUAUUUGAAAAAUAUUCUCAGUGACGUAGAAUCGAAACUAACGAGCGUUUGUCUGAUCAACAGGUCCUGGAUACGUUUGAAUGUCGGGCUGGUGGUUUCUGUCAAGCUAUUUGGAGUCUCUGAUAAGAAACUGAUCAAGAAACUUUGCGAUGUCAACAAAAAAUUGUAUGCGGUGACGUUGGUAGGGAACAUCGUCUGGGUUCCGAGCAAGUUUCUGGCGGAUUAUAUUGGCAGCGAAGCGGGGACUGUAAAUAAUACAGUGGGAGAGCGAGUUCUGAGUGUCAGGAUGCAGAAGUUAUCAGUAACUUGCGGGGGAUUAAUAAACAAAUCAAUGCAAUGGUGUGUAGAAGCUAAAAAUUUACUCUGUGGGACCGAGUUCCAGAUAUCUGAUAUAAAAAAACAGUAUUUGCUGAUAAAGGAAGUGGUUUCUCUGAUGGUGCAGAUAAACGAGCAGGUAUCGUUCAUCACGAACGUCCACGCGGCUCUCGCGAAACCCAUGAACAGAAGCACUGUCCAGCUUAUUUGCAGAAUGAUUGAAGUCCAGCGUACUCUGGAGAUGACUGUGCACUCGCUGGGCCCCAUGGUGGUGCAGGCGCAGAGUCGCGGGCUUCAGUAUCUGAGCUACGAGAUCCUGGUGAUACUGGAGAAUGCGCGCAAAGGACUGAUCCAAAAAGACCAAGGCUACAGUAGAGAAAAAUUGGACGCCUUGUCACUGACUUGUCUGAGCAUGAAACUGGUCAACGGGCCCGGCUCCGCUGAUCGCAGACUAAUCGUCAGAUGCGCGCUGUCCUGCGUCAGACAACUCGCGGACGCAUUCAAAGAUGAGGAAGUGAUAAAACUAAAGCAGAAGCUCGAUGACUAUGACAUUAUCGCUGAUUUGCAUGCGAACAUUGCCGAAGCUUGCGAUUACUCGGUCUUGUUGCAUCACCAGUCGAUGAUUCCCGCAUAUUUCAUGUGCGUCGCCGAGAGCACGCAGGACAUAAGUCAUCUAGUCCAUCUUCUUAAUGCCUUCAACAGCGCAGUGAUUCGCCAGGAACCCUCAGAGCUGACCGCGACCCGAGUCAGCGAGCUUAAGGAGGCCGUGGUAAAGUUUAUCCUAGAACCAGCUUGCAGGGAAAUAGAAACAAGUCUCCGGCUUCACGUCCACGCCCAUCUGAAGCUCGACACCACGAACCCCUUCAAGGUGGGAGCUAAAGAUGCGGGGAGAAUCGUCAGAUCUCUACCGCUACCGAUCGCGGGCAACUUGAUCAGCGCCAAGAGAUUUGUUGAGCAUUACCUAGAUGACAUAUUUUACAAUCUUACCACCGUUGCUCUGCACGACUGGAAGACUUACAAGACGAUGCACGCCCUGGCUAAAUACAAACUGGGUCUCGACUCGGUCCAGAACCACUUACCCACUCAGACUCUGGAGCAGGGUCUAGAUGCGCUGGAGAUAAUGCGCAACAUCCAUGUCUUUGUUUCAAAGUAUCUUUACAAUUUAAACACUCAGACAUUCAUCGAGCACACUAGCACGAACAAACAUUUGAAUACAAUCGGGAUUCGUCAUACUGCUAACUCAAUCCGCACACAUGGUACGGGAAUAAUGAGCACGACAGUUAAUUUUGUGUACCAGUUUCUGCGCGUAAAGCUUCAUACCUUCUCCCAGUUUUUGUUUGAUGAGCACAUAAAGUCUAGACUGUUGAAGGACAUCAGGUUCAUCAAGAGUCAAAGGGAACGUGACUUGACGCCGUAUACUUACGAGCGGGCUGAGAAAUUUCAGAAAGGGAUACGUAAGUUGGGAAUGUCUAAUGACCUCAGCUACCUGGACCACUUCCGUCAGCUGAUAACCCAGAUCGGAAACGCCCUGGGAUACGUAAGACUGAUUAGAUCUGGAGGACUCCAUGCUUGUGCCAACGCGGUGUCUUUCCUCCCGGACAUCAACACACCGGCAUUCGAAACCGCAGCCAAGGAGUUGAAAUACUCGGAGACCAGUCAAGCAGCAGCUAAGAGACUGGACGACGACAUUGGAAACCUGGUAAGGAAUUUCACUGAAGGGAUUCAGUACUUUAAGCUGUUGGUUGAUGUCUUUGCUUCGGCGUUCCGGGAUACCAAGUCCCAUCACCUGCAGCAGUUUUACGCGAUAAUUCCGCCGUUGACGCUGAGUUUUGUUGACAACGCGGUGGCGAACAAGGAAAAAAUAUUCAAGAAGAAUAAGGACGGCGCCGCGUUCACUGAUGACGGGUUCGCGAUGGGCAUUGCCUAUAUAAAUGCUCUGUUGGAGCAAAGUGCCGAGCUGGACGGGUUGCAGUGGUUCGAAACCGUCAAUGCACACUUGAACCGGGAGAAAAAACUGGCAGAGAGCAUCGAAGGCGAUGAUGAAAAACUUCAGCAGACAAGAGCGCUGACGCUAAAGAGACUCGCGGAAAGAAGUGCCGAGUUCCAGUUGCUCUACUACAGUCUAUCUGGUGCAAGAGUUUUUUUUAAGCAGUCAGAUUAUUAAUGAUUAAGAGUUUAAAGAUAAUUAUUUUAAUGGUUUUUAAAUACAUUUAUUGUUUUCAUAAAAGAUAAA